GUGCUGCGUGUAAGGUGGGAUUGAAAUUGAAUGGGACCAUCUUGAUUGUGAAAGCCAAUCAAAAAAGGUUCACAGUGAGUGGAGGAUCCUUGUGCUAAGACAUCUAUCUAUCUAUCUAUCUAUAUGCAAGAGGCAACAACAACUGAUUAAAGACAAAGAUAAAAACCCUUCAACCCUUGGGAAUAUUCUAAUUUACCAAGCCAAAAAAACAAUACUUUCACAUUCCAAUCAAUGGUAGGCACCAUGUGAACUUACUUCCCUAUAUAUAAUUCCCAUAGCCAACCAACCUCAAGAACACCACCUUCAACUAAAAUGUAUUCUUCUGCUACUUUCUUUCCUUUACUCCUCCAUGACCUUCAAAACUUCCACUCAAGAAGGUUGCUACUUCACUCCCCACUCAACCAAUCAGCCAAGCCCCCAGCAACCCCCCACGAUUCCACAGAAACAUAUCUAGGAGACGGAAAUUUCGAUGCAAAUGUUGUGAUGGUACUCUCAGUCUUACUCUGUGCACUCAUCUGCUCCUUGGGUUUGAACUCCAUCAUCAGGUGUGCACUAAGGUGUUCCAAUUUCGUAGUGAGUGACUCAGUGGCAACCAACAGCCCUCCAGCGAGAGUUGCCAACACAGGAGUGAAGAAGAAAGCCCUCAAGACUUUCCCCACAGUUACUUACUCGGCUGAGCUGAACCUCCCGAGUUUGGACUCAGAGUGUGUGAUAUGUUUGUCAGAGUUCACAAGUGGUGAAAAGGUUCGCAUUUUGCCAAAGUGCAACCACGGAUUCCACGUACGCUGCAUUGACAUGUGGCUUAGUUCACACUCUUCAUGCCCCAAAUGCAGACACUGCCUAAUCGAGACUUGCCAAAAGAUUGUUGGCUGCACUCAGCAAGCUAGCUCCUCUCAACAACCCAUCUUGCAGGUCCCAGAAACCAUUCUCACCAUUACGCCACUGGACCCAGAAGCUUUGGUGCGUAACUAUAGGGAACUUUAGUGCUUAUUGCUUAAUCACAUAACACUUUCACUUGAUUGGACCCUGGUCAGCCAUAAUUGGUUAAGACCACUCAAUCAUAAUUAAUCUAGUGCUUAAUCAUUAAUGUAUAUAAUUAAUCUCCUUUCGAAGUUCUCA